GAAACAUUGGCAAUGUUAUUGCAGAGACUCGGGGCACAGCUGUUUGGAGCAGACGAGCAGGGUGUUUUCUCUUUGCUUUCGUCGGCCUCACGUCGCGUCCUUACUGUUGUCCUCGCUGUUUUCUGGGGUCGUCCUGUAAGCUCGCCGCGUGAUGGUUUUGACAACAUCACAACAAGUCGCCCUGGCGUUCACGGCCGUGCUUUUCACGUUCGUCGCCGUUCCCCGGAUGUUCGGCGUCGGGACCGGGGCGAAGGAAACGAGAGUGGACCCCCGCUACACCAGAAAAGCAGCAAGCGCGGUGAGGGGUCAGCCGGUCAAACCGAACGCCCCCGGUUCGUCUCAGACCGCCGAGAACAUGCAGCAGAUGAAGAAGCUGAUGGACCAAGACCUGAAGGGUGACAAGUACAAGCCCAACAGCAGCAAGGGCUACGUGUUCACGCUGAUGCCCCUCUACGCUGUCGGAGUGGGAGUGUUUGCAGCCUACAAGUUCUUGAAGAUGAAGUCUGCAGACGACAAGGCACAGAAGGAGAAAUUUACCAAGGGAGCCAAAAAGUCAGUAGAAGCAGAGAACCAGUUGAACGAGUUGGAACAAAGGCUUGCACAGACGGAGAGGAUGCUCAAUUCCAUCCUCACACAGCUGGACCCGCUGACCAACUGUGUGAAGUCGGUGGCCCAGGAGCAAAAGAACGAGAUCAUGUCUCAACUCCAGACAAUCCGGUACCUGAUGAAGAAGCGAGGAAUGGACUGCCCCCCUGUGAAUGAGGCAUCCUGCGAGCGCAACCUGGAAGAACUCAUCGAGUCGCUAGGAGCCAGCAACGCCUCGGCUGCAGAAGCCUACCUUUCAGACGAGCAACGCGCUCCGAGGGCCGAACAAGUCGAACAGAAGCGCUCGGAGAUGGACGACGCCACAACAGAGGGUGAAGAGAUGAGUGACCUCAUACCGGAAGAGUCAGAGGGGGAAGCACAGGUAGAGGUGAGGGCAGGAGAGGACAAUGAAGAGGAAAAAGAGGAAGAAAUAUUGGUGGAAUCUGAGCUCAUGCCUUCACUAGAGGAAAUGUAUGAGACAAACAUUCAGGAGGUUGGAGCAAAGCAGCAGGCGUCCGGCCUCAGGCGACGCAACAGGCCGGACUAAAAUCUCUCUGGGACUUCUUCGCCGUAAAGAGAUGUGAGAGAUCAAUAUUGAUAUUUAUUACCUGAAAGGCUUUCCUUCCAAAAAGCUGUCUAUGUGAUCGCCCAAAAACGUUAAUUGCAUUAUAACCUCGUCCGAGAAAGCUCACCAACAGCAAACACUUAAGGCUCUAUGUACUAGGCCGCUGUCCCGCCUACCAUCUCCAGGGAGAAACAAAACCACGUACCACAAUAUUGUUAAGUAAAUAUUAAACCGAUCUCAAUGAGCUCUCAUUCCCUGUAUGGAAGCAUUUGUACUUCUCAUGUUUCCCAACAUAUUUAUUCGGAGUGACUCCUUUAUAAUAUGUUUGGUAUCAUAAUAAUGACACAUGACAUGAUUUGUAGCAUACAAGCCAGACUAUCUGACAUCUGCUGACAGUGCAUCAUAUUCCCACCACACUUUGUGCUUUUAUAACAAAUUUGUGGCAAAUGUUUUUUGUAUGCACAUAAUGUUUUUUGUCUACUCCCUGCAUUGUCAAAAGAAUACAGUUGAGACAGAUAAUGACUUGAUGAUGAGGAUUGGUAGAAUCUGGCCACGGCCUAGUGCUGAAUGUUCUAAAUUGUGUCCUUAUCUCCUUCCCUGUCCACUAAUUAUCACCAUUCAUCACAUACAGUACCAGUCAAAAGUUUGGACACGUUUGCAUCAUUCAAUUUAAUGAGCAAGUGUGUCGUUUCUGGUACUGUAUUUUCUUUGUCAAAAGUGUACAUGAAAUGUGCCGGUGGUCGAUGCCACUGAUUGUUUGCCUUAACAUUACAUUCCUCAUGGUGAGCAACUCGACACAAAAAGAUGUAACCGAUAACCGUCAUGGCUUUGAUCCAUUCAAUGCAGUUUAACAACUCACCGGGACACUGUAUUUGAAGAACAAAUGUAUGCAAUAAAAAAAGGGAUUAUUGCAUCAUGACUAAUCCUGACAGGACGUGAGCUUUGAGCUUUUUAUAGGCUCAUCUUGUUUUCACACCGCUCCAUUCUUUGCGGAACCCCUCUUGUUGGGAGGAAUACAUGUGGAACGAAUUCAACUUACUUUCCUAUUUUAUUAAUGCAUACCAAUACUUCACUUUUUAAACAUAGAGGGCCGUUGCUGUGAGCCUACUCAGACUCCAGAAAAUGAUCUAAUCUACCUAUUGUUGAAAUGUAAAGUUGGGCUUGCGGCAUGCUGUCUAUACAUUGAAACAUAACGGCAUGUUGAUUUGACUGCAUGGUGUUUUCAUUUUAUUAUUGAAACGUUCAAAGGUCCUUUGAUCAACCAGAGAGACAUCAACUUGCAUACAAUUCUUCCACCAUAUACUACUCUUUCAAAUCAGUAAACAUAGAUGUGAUUGUUGCUUUAUCACAGAAAGAGAUUAAUGAUAUAUCAUAUUUAGACUUAUGUAGUAAUCCUAAAGUAAAAUUAAAACAUUUAGGGCUUUUAAUUAGUUUUAAUAAAAUGAAGAGAAACUUGGUGGCAUUUCAACAGAGGUAAGUUUAUAUUCAACAGUACAUUCACAACAGAACUGCAUAUGAAUUGUAAUCUGUUACAGAUUAGGAUGGCACAGUUGAUUUAAUUUUGCCCUGCAAAAUAUUCACACAAACCGUAAAGAAAUCAGACGAGUUUGUUAUAUUGUCCAAUAUGAGAGGUUCCUGUAACAUUACUGUUAUUCUCAUAAUAUCUAAGUAUGAAUUUAUUAUGUGAAGCCCACAGAUGAUUGCCUUAUUAGUGAUGUUUGAACUGCACAUGCUGCAGCAUGUUGUUCUUUGCUGUUUUCCUCAAUUCUGAGACUUGACUAAAGUUAUUUAUUAAUAAUUCAUUUUUGGUAUCUCCACGCCCAUUUUAUCCAUGUUGUAGUAAAUUUUUGUUUUGUGUGUUUCAUGCUGGGGUUAAUUGAGGGAACUCGGAAGAAAAUAAAACAUCUAAUAGGUGAUGCUGUUGGUUAUUUUUAACAUUGUAGUAGAACUGAGCCUUUGUUAUCCAUUACACCUGAGCUUUUUCCCUUCAAAAUAUCAGACUUUACUGUCAAAAGGCCCAUGGUAAAAGUGUUUGCGGGUUCCCCAGAGACAGCGAGGGACAUGACAAAUAAAGCACUGUACUGAGGAGGUUGAAUCCGGCCUACCACUAAGA